AGCCUCCACAUUCAUCUGGAGCUGCAGCUGGGGCGCUGAGUGGCGAGGAAGCCUGGACUCUCACUAGUUAGUGAAACCACAGUUGCUGCCAUGGCCGGGAAGCCCGUGCUUCACUACUUCAAUGCCCGGGGCCGAAUGGAAUGCAUCAGGUGGCUGCUGGCUGCAGCAGGGGUGGAGUUUGAAGAGAAGUUUAUAGAAAGUCCAGAAGACUUGGAGAAGUUAAGAAAAGAUGGGAAACUGAUAUUUGAACAAGUGCCUAUGGUGGAGAUUGAUGGGAUGAUGCUGGUGCAGACCAGAGCCAUUCUCAACUACAUCGCCACCAAAUACGACCUCUAUGGCAAGGACGUGAAGGAGAGAGCCCUGAUUGACAUGUAUACAGAGGGUAUUGUAGAUCUGACUGAAAUGAUCGGGCAACUGCUUAUAUGUCCCCCAGAUCAAAAAGAAGCCAAGAUUUCCUUGAUAAAAGACAGGACCAAAAACCGGUACUUGCCUGCCUUUGAAAAAGUGUUGAAGAGUCACGGACAAGACUACCUUGUUGGCAACAGGCUGACCAGGGUGGACAUUCACCUGCUGGAACUUCUCCUCUAUAUUGAAGAGUUUGACUCCAGCCUUCUGACCCCUUUCCCCCUGCUGAAGGCCCUGAAGAGCAGACUCAGCAGCCUGCCCAAUGUGAAGAAGUUCCUACAGCCUGGCAGCCAGAGAAAGCCUCCCCUUGAUGCCAAACAAAUCGAAGAGGCCAGGAAGAUUUUCAAGUUCUAGGAAAGCUGCAUUGAGAGAGCCCACAGACACCAGUCUCUGGGGUUUGUAAAUAAUAAACAGCAGUUGUUCAUCCUGGUGUUUGAGAAAAUGAACA